AUGGGUUCUGUUGAAUUAAAAAAGAGAAAGCGCUCUCAUGCGAAGACUGUGACGCCUGCGGUUGAGAAAAAGGCGAAGAUUGUUGCUCCGGAGAGUGAUGUAGAGAUGGAGAUUGAGGAAGUGGAAGUGGAAGUGGAGCCUGUGGUGGAGGAGGAGGUUGAGGAGGAGAUCGAGGAGGAGGAAGAGGAGGAGGUUGAGGAGGAGGUAGAAAAGAAAGCCGAAGACGAACACAAGCAUUUAUCUUUACCUGCCGUUGGAGAUGCAUCUGUCGAAAAAUUCUCCGAGCUCAAUCUUUCCGACAAAACGAUGAAAGCGCUCAUCGAAGAUAUGAAAUUCGAGUCGAUGACCGAAAUCCAACGAAGAGGUAUUCCACCAUUGUUGGCAGGAAGAGAUGUACUCGGUGCUGCAAAGACAGGUUCUGGAAAGACAUUAGCAUUCUUAAUACCUGCGAUUGAGAUGUUACAUUCUUUGCGCUUCAAACCAAGAAAUGGUACUGGUGUUAUUGUGGUUUCUCCUACCAGAGAAUUGGCAUUACAGAUUUUCGGAGUUGCUAGAGAACUCAUGGCCCAUCAUUCGCAGACUUACGGUAUCGUUAUGGGUGGAGCAAACCGAAGAGCAGAGGCGGAAAAGUUGGUCAAGGGAGUUAAUCUAUUGAUCGCAACACCUGGGCGGCUUCUCGAUCAUUUACAAAACACCCAAGGAUUUAUUUUCAAGAACUUAAAGGCACUGGUUAUCGAUGAGGCGGAUCGAAUCUUGGAAGCUGGUUUCGAAGAUGAAAUGAAGCAAGUUGUCAAGGUUUUACCCAAGGAUGAUCGUCAAACUAUGCUCUUCUCCGCAACACAAACCACCAAAGUCGAAGAUCUCGCAAGAAUAUCUCUUCGACCAGGACCUCUUUACAUUAAUGUCGAUAAUAAGAAGGAACAUAGCACAGUUGAAGGUCUCGAACAAGGUUACGUCGUUUGCGAUUCCGAUAAACGAUUUUUACUACUUUUCUCUUUCCUCAAACGUAACCUGAAGAAGAAGAUUAUUGUCUUUUUCUCCAGUUGCGCUUGUGUGAAAUAUCACGCUGAACUUCUGAAUUAUAUUGAUUUACCAGUUCUUGACUUGCAUGGCAAGCAGAAACAACAAAAACGUACAAAUACCUUUUUUGAAUUCUGUAAUGCUAAACAAGGUACGCUCAUCUGUACAGAUGUUGCAGCUAGAGGUCUUGAUAUCCCCGAUGUAGACUGGGUAAUCCAAUUCGAUCCUCCCGAUGACCCAAACGAUUACAUUCACCGUGUUGGUCGAACUGCGCGAGGUAACGAUGGAAAAGGCCGCUCCCUUCUCUUCCUCCAACCAUCUGAAGUUGGUUUCCUCACCCAUCUCAAGACGGCCCGCAUUCCCGUUGUCGAAUUCGAAUUCCCCGCCGCCAAAAUCGUCAACAUCCAAAGUCAGCUCUCGAAACUGAUUGCACAAAACUACUAUUUGAACAAGAGCGCAAAGGAGGGCUACAAGAGUUACCUCCAAGCCUACGCCAGUCACUCCCUCCGAAGUGUUUUCGACGUAGGAAAAUUGGAUUUAGUCAAGGUAGCCAAGAGUUUCGGUUUCGAUGCACCCCCAAGAGUAGAUAUAAAUAUCUCGGCAGGAAUGAAGGAUACCGUGCAGAAGAAGAGACCAUAUGGAAGUCAACCUCGUCAAGGAGAGAGGAUGAUGAGGAUGAGAUUACGGACAUCGAUUCAGGUGUCGAGUCGGGUAUCGAGUCUUGCUGGAAAAGGGGGUGGGAGAUCAGGAUUGAGAUUGGGAUUGGGAUUGAAUGAUGCCACGGGGUUGAGAUGGGGUGUGGGAAUUGGUAGAGCUGGAAUGGGUGGUAUAGGUAUGAGUAUAGGUGGAAUGGGAAUGGGAAUGAGAAUGAGGAAUAAAAGAGAUUUUUCAAUGACGCAUAGGAGAGGAACGGAUGGUGUGUUUAGUGGGUUGACGGAGAUGCGGACGGUGAGGGUGCCGUUUAUUGAGGCUUGGAGGGGGAGGGAGAGGGAGGAGGGAGAGCAAGGGAUGAUAGAGGGGGAUAAGGAGGGGAUUGAGGGGGGGGAAGGGGAGAUAGAGGGAGAUAAAGGGAAGGGAAAGGGGAAGGGGAUGAUUGUGGGGGAUAAGGGGAUGAAGAGGAUGAAAGAUAGUUUUCAUCGGGUUGACCUCGAUGCUUUGGCAGGUGUCAUCUCAUAUAAACAUACCGGAGAUGCAGUUAUGACCGUCACCGCCGCCGUCGACCGAAUAACGCUCUCCCGCCCCCUCGAAAUAUGCGAUCUCGAGCUCUCGGGCCAAGUUACCUUUGCCACGGGUCGUUCUUCCAUGGAAGUUUCACUCCAAGUAUGUAAAGCGAUUCCUGUUGACCCGGAAAACCAAAACCAAAACCAAAGCCAACCACGCGAACCGAGAAAAAAAGAAGACAUUUUUAUGGAAUGUGCAUUCACCAUGGUCUCCCUUGAUCCGCUUACCAAAAGAGCAGUUAAGAUAGCGGGGGUAGAACCGCAGGAUGAUGAGGAGAGAAGAUUGUAUAAGUUGGGGAUGAGCAGUUAUGAGAAGAAGAAGAGGGAAAUGGGAAGGGGGUUGAAGAGUAAGGAGCCGGAUGAUGAGGAGAGUGAUUUGAUUCAUAGGUUGUGGUUGAAGAUGUUGGAUUAUCAUGAUCCCAACACCCCCACCCUCCUCCCCAAAUCCUACAUCCGCAUGUCCACCUCCACCAUCCAAUCAGUACAAAUCAUGCAACCCCAAUACCGCAACCGCCACAACUUUAUGAUUUUCGGCGGAUUUCUCCUCAAAUCGACUUUCGAAUUGGCUUUUACAUGUGCAUCUGCACUUGCACAUGCGCGACCGAGGUUUGUCGCGUUGGAUCCGAGUACUUUUGUUAAUCCGGUGCCCGUGGGGGGUGUGUUGUAUGUUGGGGCUCGGUUGGCUUAUUGUGAGGUGGGAGAGGGGGAGGUAGGAAAGGGAGGGAAGGGGGAAAAGGGGAUGGGGAAAGGGAAGGGGAAGAGAACAAAAAUUCAGAUAAGAGUAGAUACAAAAGUGAAAAAUGUGGAGCAUGAGAGUGGAGAGACGAAACCGACGGGUCAGUUUAAUUAUACGUUUGAGGUGGAGGGGGAAGUGCAGGUUUUGCCGGAGAGUUAUGGGGAGUUUAUGGUUUAUUUGGAUGCGAGGAGGAGGAGUAGGGGGAGAGGGGGGGUGGUGCAGUAG